GUUUAGAAUCUUCGUCUACACUUGCAAUAAAGCCCAGUAUGGAACAGGUUUUCACAAAAAAUUGAUGCCCGUUUUGAUUUUGAGCAGGAACGCAUAGAACUCUGCUCACGGCUCCGCCCUGGUUAUUGUGAUGGAUGGCGCGGCUGUACCCUCUCAACCUUAUUCUCCUCAAGCAGAGAUUAAUUGGGACAGACUUGACAAAACCAAAUUCUAUGCAAUUGGGGCUGGGCUGUUUACCAGUGUCACUGUUGGCUUGUAUCCAAUAUCUGUUGUUAAGACAAGGCUGCAGGUUACUAUAAGACAAGGUUCAAAUCCAUCUGCCAUCUCAAUAUUUAGAAAUAUAUUAAAAGCAGAUGGAGUUUCUGGUCUGUAUAGAGGAUUUGGAACAGUUGUUACUGGUGCAGUUCCUGGCAGGAUAAUUUUUCUAACUACCUUAGAGACAACAAAAAUUGGUGCUCUUACAAUCACUGAAAAGCUAAAUUUACCUGAACCAACACAAGCUGCAAUAGCCAAUGGUGUUGCUGGAAUGAUUUCAUCUCUUGCCGCACAGUCAGUUUUUGUUCCUCUUGAUGUGGUAAGUCAAAGGCUUAUGGUGCAAGGCACUGCUGGUGCUAUUAAAUACAGAGGUGGUUUUGAUGCAGCUCGUAAGAUUAUCAAGACUGAUGGUAUACGUGGGUUAUAUAGAGGAUUUGGUAUGUCUGUGUUGACUUAUUCUCCUACUAGUGCUGUUUGGUGGGCAUCUUAUGGUUCAAGUCAACGUGUCAUUUGGAGGUCCUUGGGUUAUAGCAGUAAGGAUAAUAUGCAGAUGCCUAGCCAAGGACAAAUAAUUUUAGUUCAAGCUCUUGGUGGAUUUUUUGCUGGUGCUGUAGCCUCUUGUGUAACUACUCCUCUUGACACCAUCAAGACUCGGUUACAGGUUCUGGACACUGAAAGCAAACCAUCCGUUAAACGGACAAUUAAAAGGCUAAUGGACGAGGAUGGAUGGAAGGGUUUCUAUCGAGGAAUUGGUCCCCGUUUUUUUAGUAUGUCUGCAUGGGGCACAUCUAUGAUAUUAGCUUAUGAAUAUCUAAAACGUAUAUGUGCAAAGCAUGAACAUGACUAACAGAGGAAGCCAUUUUUGUAUUUUGAUCUCUUCAUUCUUGGGGAAUCCUGUAAAGCUUUUCCAAAGUGACCACCAAAUUCUUUAAUUCAUGAGGUGCGUUCAAUUUAUAAAGAUCACUAAAAUAUAGAAGACUUGUGCUGAGCUCGGCAUUACUGCUGUCGAGGAUUGGAAACAGAAGAGUGAUCAAUUAUUCAAAAUGUGCAUUGCAAUUUCUGGCACAGGAGUUUUCUAGUGGCAAAUAAAUAUAUUCAUUUGAUUUCACCAUUCUAUUUGGUUGAUAAUAUGUUGAAGAUAAAUUUUAAAAUUAAAUUCAAGUAUAGUCAUUUGUUAUGUUUUUUGCUUAUGAUUUAUAAAUCAAUGAAAAUAAAAUAUAAGAGAUUUUGGUGAGUAA